GCCGUUGCCACCGUCACCUCAUCCUCUGACUCAGCUUACCCCACAGUCACCGAGGACUGCUCGGUGGGCUCCGGCGAGGCCGUCCCUGUCCCGGUACGUAGAGAUCGAGGUGUACGAUAAAGGUCGAAUAUUCGACAUCAGCCACAGGUACACCGCUGAGAUGCCGAGUUUCGCCUCCGAAAACGGGCGGCUGGGCAGCGACUUCUUGUGGCUGGGAUUCAGCAUCAAGAACGGAUCGCUGGCAAAUGCCUCCAUGAUGAAGUUCUGUGUCCACUCGGGCACUCACGUCGACGCACCUGGUCACGUCUUCGACCAUUACUACCAUGCUGGAUUUGAUGUCGAUGCUUUAGACCUCGAAGUGUUAAACGGCCCCGCGCUGGUGGUUGAUGUUCCCAGGGAUAAGAACAUAACUGCUGAAGUAAUGAAGGCUUUGAACAUUCCUAAAGGAGUGCGUCGUGUGCUUUUCAGAACCUUAAAUACUGACAGGAAAAUUAUGUGGAACAAAGCGUACGACACGAGCGCCACAGGAUUUACGGAGGAUGGGGCAAAAUGGUUAGUUCAAAACACAGACAUCAAACUCGUUGGAAUUGAUUACUUAAACGUCGUAGCUUUCGUUGAUGUAGUUCCAGUGCAUAAUACUUUUCUGGAAGGCAGGGAGAUAAUUCUUGUCGAAGGUUUAAAGCUCGAAGGAGUUCCGGCAGGAUUAUAUUCUUCUGUUCAUUGCUUGCCUUUAAGGUUGAUUGGUUCCGAUGGAUCACCAGCAAGAUGCAUUCUCAUCAAAUGAUACAUUCUGUAAUCUCAUUCAUAUGUCAAAGAUGAAAUUAUAGUUUGAUAAGGCUGUAUUUUCAAACUAAAUGUAUCCAAGAUAACAUUCUGGCAUCGGUCUUAUGCAAGUUAAUGAGGGUUUUACAUUAA